GUGACCUUGGAAAAAGUGUUGGGGAUAACCGUGUCAGGAGGCAGAGGAUUAGCCUGCGACCCCAGGACCGGCCUUGUUGCUUAUCCAGCAGGGUGUGUUGUGGUGCUGUUCAACCCCAGGAAAAAUAAGCAACACCAUAUUCUAAACAGCUCCAGGAAAACGAUCACAGCCCUUGCUUUCUCUCCAGAUGGAAAAUACCUCGUUACAGGAGAGAGUGGCCACAUGCCCGCUGUUCGCGUGUGGGAUGUGGCUGAGCGGACACAGGUGGCAGAGCUGCAGGAACACAAGUAUGGCGUGGCCUGCGUCGCCUUCUCCCCCAGCUCCAAGUACAUCGUUUCGGUGGGCUACCAGCAUGACAUGAUUGUCAACGUGUGGUCGUGGAAGAAAAACAUCGUGGUGGCAGCCAACAAAGUCUCAAGUAAAGUGACAGCUGUGUCAUUCUCAGAGGACUGCAGUUACUUUGUCACUGCUGGAAAUCGGCAUAUCAAGUUCUGGUACCUAGAUGACAGCAAAACCUCCAAGGUGAAUGCCACAGUCCCCUUGCUAGGUCGCUCAGGUUUGCUUGGGGAGCUGAGGAACAACUUCUUCGCAGAUGUGGCAUGUGGAAGGGGCAAGAAGGCUGACAGCACCUUCUGUAUCACAUCCUCAGGCCUGUUGUGUGAAUUCAACGAGAAAAGGCUGCUGGACAAGUGGGUGGAGUUGAGGAAUACAGACAGCUUCACAACCACUGUGGCAAACUGCAUCUCAGUGAAUCAUGACUACAUCUUCUGUGGCUGCGCUGAUGGCACCGUGCGGAUUUUCAACCCUCUGAAUCUUCACUUUGUCACCACGCUGCCAAAGCCGCAUUUCUUGGGAACGGAUAUCGCGAGUGUGACUGAAGCCAGUCGGCUUUUCUCUGGUAUGGCUGAUGCCAAGUAUCCAGACACGAUAGCCCUCACCUUUGACCCCACCAACCAGUGGCUUUCCUGUGUAUACAACGACCACAGCCUGUAUGUGUGGGAUGUCAGAGACCCAAAGAAAGUGGGCAAGGUUUACUCUGCUCUGUACCACUCUUCCUGCGUGUGGAACAUUGAGGUGUAUCCGGAGGUGAAGGACAACAACCAGUCAUGCCUACCCCCUGGUUCCUUCAUCACCUGUUCAUCUGACAACACCAUUCGCCUGUGGAAUACGGAGAGCUCCAACAUUCAUGGCACAGCCCUGCACCGCAACAUCCUCAGCAACGACUUGAUGAAAAUCAUCUAUGUAGAUGAUAACACUCAGGUGCUCCUGGACACUGACUACAACUUAGGCGGCAGCGCGGACAAAGCUGACGUGCAGGUGAUGGACACGAAGGUGGGGAUACGCACGGUGUGCGUGAGCCCCGGUGGGGAGCACCUGGCCUCGGGGGACAGGAUAGGUACUCUCAGGAUAUAUGAGUUGCAGUCUUUGAGGGAAAUGCUGAAGGUGGAAGCCCAUGACUCUGAGAUCCUCUGUCUGGAGUACUCCAAACCUGACACAGGGUUAAAGCUGUUAGCCUCAGCCAGUCGGGAUAGGCUGAUUCAUGUCCUGGAUGCUGGAAAGGAUUACAGCCUGCAGCAGACCCUGGAUGAACAUUCCUCUUCCAUCACUGCUGUGAAGUUUGCAGCUAAUGAUGGGAAAGUGCGAAUGAUCAGCUGUGGGGCAGACAAAAGUAUUUAUUUCCGCACUGCGCAGAAGACAGGAGAAGGGGUUCAGUUUACCCGAACACAUCACAUUGUUAGGAAGACCACUCUGUAUGACAUGGAUGUGGACCCCAGCUGGAAAUAUGCUGCUAUUGGUUGCCAAGACCGUAACAUCAGGGUUUUCAACAUAAGUAGUGGGAAGCAGAAGAAGCUUUACAAGGGAUCACAAGGUGAAGAUGGCACUCUCAUCAAAGUGCAAACUGACCCGUCUGGUCUUUAUAUUGCAACCAGUUGUUCUGACAAGAACCUCUCCAUCUUUGAUUUCUAUUCUGGCGAGUGUGUUGCUACCAUGUAUGGGCAUUCAGAGAUUGUAACUGGGAUGAAAUUCAGUAAUGACUGCAAACAUCUGAUCUCUGUUUCUGGUGACAGCUGCAUCUUCAUAUGGCGUCUGAGCUCAGAGAUGACCAUCAACAUGCGGCAGCGACUGUCUGACAUGAGACAGAGGGGGAAGCAGGCAGAAAAGUCUCCUCCACACAAGACAGCUGGACUUAUCAGGCACGAGUCCAUCUCGGCCCUAUCAUCCGUGCCCGUGCUCUCAUCAGACAGUGACAAGGAUGGUGAAGAUGAUGGGAACGAUGAAGACGAGUUACGUGGGCUGCAGUCUUUCCGUAUUCAGUCGAACUGUAACGCUGAGAAAGACUCAGAUACGGACCUUAGCCUCUCAAGAAGCCUCUCCCACUGGGAAAUGAGGAGGGCGAAGGAGAUAGCGGCGAUCCAGCGCUCGGAGGCAGCAGUGAGCAAGAUGCCCCGGCAGCGUGGGCGCUGGUCCCAGCCAACCAGCAACAUCGAGAUGACUGUGAAGUCCAUGCUUGACUUACGUCAGCUGGAGUCUUUCUCUGUUUCCCGUUCCCCUAGUCGAGACUCAUUGUCCCAAAACAGCAAUGGGGAUGACAGAGAGGAGCAGGCGGAUCUCCUUGUGCACAUCAACAAAGUUGGAGGCUCAAUAGCUCCUCAAGACAACCGGUCUUGUGCACGACCCCAAGUGAUUCGGCUUGUGUCUUGUGAAGAGGGGAUUUUCUCUCAGGAACUGGAACCUUGUGAGAGUGAGGAGUGUGUAAUCUACCCUGAGCAAGAUGAAAUCCAUCCCACAGACUCUAGCAGUGAGUUCCAGGUAAAAGCAUUGCCCCAUGGGAAGCUAAGUAGAGAUUAUCACAGCAAUGGAUGCCCAGACAAACACAGCCCUGACAGUGCCUGCUCUGUAGAUUACAGCAGCAGUCGCCUGUCCAGCCCAGAUCAUCCAAAUGAAGAUUCCGAAAGCACUGAGCCCCUAAGUGUGGAUGGCAUCUCAGAUCUGGAGGGAGAGGAGGGAGAAGAGGAUGCAGGUACUGGCCUGCUGGAGGGAGAAAUCCUCCAGAUACCGGAUCAGGAAAAAUUCCUCAAGCAGCAUUUUGGGAGCUUGGGCAGCACUGACGGACAAGGUGGCUCAUGUAGAGCUCUGGAAAGAACUGAAAACCUCAGCAUUUCCUCACGCUUUCUUUCCCAGUCCCCGGCUCUCAGACGUUUGUCACUCUCCUCAUCAAAUCUGACACUGGAUUCAAAGACCAUUGAGCCUCAAGCCCAGACCAGUCGGAUGACUCUGGACCUGUUGAAAAAUGGCAACAGCCAACCUGGUGAUGCUUUGGAGAACGGCCACCUCCUGGAGAGUGUGAAUUCCCAUCGGGCUGUUUAUGCCCAGAAAAAACGCAAGUCGCCUUUAGAGACCAGCCGAGUUGGUAUGGGUCCUGGACGAGCCAUGGCAUCCUUUCCAGAAGGCCCUGUGAAUGCGGUGAUGAGAAAGGCACAGUCAGUUCAUGACCUCGUUCAUGAGGAUAAGGGUCCUGGAGUGAUACCCUCUGCCAAGCAGCGUCCUCAGACUCUUACAGUGAUUGAGAAAGAUCCCAGACCUAACAAUUGCAGGGUAUUGUCAGCCAGUUUACUGAAGAUGGAUGGAUCUGGUGCUCUGCUGGCCAAAGAUGUCAGGGCUGCAAAACCAAAGUCCUACAUGAACCCUACGACCAGCUUCCGGGCUAAGAUGUCACGGAGUAUAUCUGUAGGGGAAAAUCUGUAUCUUGGUUGCUCUACUGAAAUGUUGACUGAGGGGAGGACUAGCCCUCCAGUGGCAGAGAAGAUGCAACUUAGUCCCCCAGCAGAGGCUGAGAAGAAUAAGCUACCAGUGAAGGAAAAAGAAAAUGUUCCAGUGAAGCCAACACUUCAGCCAGUUGUAAACUGCUCAUCUCCCAAGUCCUUUCACAGCAAGCUGGCAUCGUCAAAUCGAGCACACCUGAUCCUUGACAUUCCUAAGCCAUUACCUGAUAGACCUACACUGGCCUCCUUCUCACCCACUACCAAAUCCAAAACGCUGCUUGAGCCACAGUCUCCACAGUCACCUGCUGGAGCCUGUAAAAAGAAGCCUUUUCCUGAGGGCCGAUCCUCCAAGAGGGAGAACCACACUGCUGGCUCUCUGGUUCCUGGUAAAGAGACUCCACUAGGACUUACUAAGGAGAGCCCAACGGAGAGUCCGGGCUCAAGGACAGAUUACCAGGAUGAGCCAGGGGUCACUAACCCCAAACUGAGAGAGUUUUCAGAAGGCCGGCAGCAAAGGUCUCCCGAGAACGCAUUGCCCAGGUGCAGGGAGAGAAUCGCCGGCAUUGCCUGCGUGCUAGACGACCAGCCUGGACUUUGCCCACUAGACCCCAUCAGGCCGAGGUCUCCUACAUCUCUAACUGCCUCGGCACAGGCCUCAGAGCGUUUCAUCAGCGUGGAGCAGUGUGAGCAUGUGGUCUCUGAGCUCCAGGACAGCGUGCGCAGAGCCGUGCACCUCUACCGCGCGGUGUUAAAUGAUACGGAGUCUUCUACUGACAAAGAUAAGAUAGCUGGUCUCCUGAUAGAAACAUUCUCCUUAGUGAAGAAAGAAUUGGACUCCCUAAAGGAUGAGGAAGAGCUUCCAAAGGCUAAGGAGGUUCUGGUGAAGCCACAAGAUACCACUAGGCCACUGAAUGAGGGAUGCAGUGCCAAUCUACCCAGUCCCAAGAGUUUGGGGGAUGAGCAGACACUGGCUUUGCUGGAGCAGUACUCAGAGCUGUUGCUACAAGCUGUGGAACGACGCAUGGACAAAAAACUCUAAAGGGGUGUUUUUCAGGUGUUUGUGGAUACACAGAAAUAAUCCCAAGAGGAGGACCACAGGAGGAGCUUCGGACAAAUGGACCAUCAUGCUGGUCUAGUGGUGGUGGGGACCCCUUUAUAAAUUUGACUUCCUCAAGCCCAUACAAGUGACAUGCUCUAAUUCUUAGCAGUGUGCUGGCCACAAUUUUAAUAUUUUUUCCCAUGUUCUACAACUUCCUGUCUCUAUACAAAGUCUUGAAAGAGGAGUUUGGAGAAAUUUCUUGGAAAUUUCUUCAUAGCCAGGAUGUCAGGAUGUUUGGCACUUAAA